UUCUGUAACGAAGGUGGCAACGCUAGCAAGCAAGCAGACAUUUUUAAAAUAAAUGAACAGCUGCGGGGUUGUCUUCUUUUUUUAAAUUUAAAUACAUUUUUGUAGAAAUAAUUAUUUUUGUGUGUCAAUAACAAAUGUCUACUGAUAGUGAAGACUAUACCACAGAAGAUGAAGGAAACGCAGUUGCCAAGGCAAGAGGCCGCUUUGACAGUGAAGAAGAGGAUGAACUUGAUAAAAGUGGACUCUCUCCACGUACACGGCUGAGUAUAACGGGAGUGCGACCUCAGGACAUGGGCGACGAUUCCAGUGAAAUUGAAUACAGUGACAGCGAUGAAUCCCAAAGCGAAGCCGGCGAAGCUGCCUUGGAGCGUUAUCGGUUGGCCACCGAUGAUGGAGCUGGCUUGCCGCGUUACACGACACAAUUUGCGAGUAGCAUCGAGGAGUCUCUGCACUCGACAUUGUACCUAGACGAGCAGCUGCCCAGAUCGCCACGAAAUGACUCAUCGGGCAGUGAUGUGCUCAUAUUAAGCAACAAAGAAGAGAAACCAAUUGAAAUAUCCAGCGGCACCGACAACGAUGAGAGUUACCUCGUGGCUUCUCCUCGUGGUUCCAAAACGCGCGACAAUCCACCACGCAACAACUUACGAGCUCCACAAAUUAAAUUUACCAAACUAGUGCAGCCGACCAUUAAAGCUGCCAUGCAGAAGGCGCCAUCCAACAAUGUACACGUAACUCCAGAAUUCUAUGAGAAGGAAUCUCGGAAGCUGGUUGAGCUGCGCUCUCAGUUAAACGAGGCUCACAAGUUGUAUGAUCAGGUAUCCCACAAGCUACCCGAUAAGGGAAUUCAGAUUAGAAAUCGCAUUGAAGGAUUGAACCGUGACAUUGCCAUCAAAUCGCAGUAUGUUAAGGAAUUAAAUGUCAAAAAGGUGCCGCAAGUAAAAAUAAGUCCAGCACCCAAGAGAUCUCCGGAGGAUACACCUGAUUGGAAUCAGCUGUCGGAUGGAGUUAAUCGUAUCCAGCCUGUGCACACGGGCAGCCAGGGAUUGGCCACCUUUAAUGCGCAGAAGGCACUUACGCUUGAUUCGCUCAAGCAACUUCAUGGAUCCUUAAAGGAUUGUCCUCGCGAGAAUGUGUUGGCCGAUGACCCGCCUGGCCUGAAGGUGAAGCUAAUGAAUCAUCAGAAACACGCACUCGCCUGGAUGUCUUGGCGUGAACAACAACGUCCACGAGGCGGCAUUCUAGCCGAUGAUAUGGGUCUUGGCAAAACAUUGACUAUGAUAUCCCUUGUGAUCGCAUGCAAGACUCGUUGUAGCGGCGCCAAAGCUGGUGUCAGCAGCGAUGAAGAUGAUGACAUGGAUGUAGGUCGGAAAAACAAGGGCAGCUCGAAAUCAAAGAGCCGCAAGGAAAGGACAGAUCAUCCUGGCGGCACACUGGUCGUUUGCCCGGCCAGUCUAUUGCGUCAGUGGGAAGGUGAGGUUGGCUCCAAAAUGUCAAGUCCGCGGCUAAAUGUAUACGUUCAUCAUGGUAUUAAUCGUGAGUCGAGUGCCAAACAAUUGGCUACCUACGACAUGGUCGUUACCACCUACAAUCUUGUAGCCAGAGAUGACAAGGAUAAGGGCGCACUCUUCGCUGUUAAGUGGCGACGCAUUAUACUGGAUGAGGCGCAUGUCGUGCGCAAUUAUAAGGCGCAAUCUUCGCUUGCAGUCAGUGCAUUGCGAGCCAAGUUUCGUUGGGCGCUAACUGGUACUCCCAUCCAAAAUAAAGGGCUUGAUGUUUAUGCGCUUUUAAAGUUUCUGCGCUGUUCGCCAUUCAAUGAUCUUGCGACUUGGAAGACAUGGAUCGAGAGCAAGAACAGCGGUGGUGAGGAACGAUUGAAUCUGCUAAUGAAAUCAUUGAUGCUGCGUCGCACCAAGGCUCAACUACAAUUGGAUGGCAAAUUGAAUAAUUUGCCAAAAAAGGAGGUUCGAUUGAUUGAGAUGAGUCUGGAUACCGAUGAAAUGAAUGUCUAUCAAAGAGUUAUGACAUAUUCGCGGUCCUUGUUUGCACAGUUUCUUUUUCAGCGUGCUGAGAAGGAUUCCGAUGCGAACUUUAUUGCAGAUUCACGCAAGCCGACAUAUAAACAGAUUAAGGAUCCGAAUGGUGCUUAUUACAAGAUGCAUGAGAAAUUUGCUAGCAUGGCUGGGCAGAGUAAAGAAGUCAAAUCCCAUGAGAUAUUAGUUCUUCUGUUGCGCCUCCGGCAAAUUUGUUGUCAUCCUGGACUGAUAGAUUCUAUGCUUGAGGAUGGCACAGAUUACGGAAGCAGCGAUGGCUUUGCUUCCGCAGAAAUAGAUCUAUUGGCCCAGCUCAAUAAGUUAAGCAUCAACGGUAAUUCAGGACGAGGUGGGGCUGAGGCCCGAAUUGCAAAAGCUUCCCAAAAUGUAUUGAAGCGCAGUAAUCCAGUUUUUAACUUGAAACGGCCGUCUUCGAAAAUGCUUAAGGUUAUGGAAAUACUAAAGAAGUCGGUGCUGAAGUCAAAGGAUAAGGCUAUCGUUGUCUCCCAAUGGACAUCCGUUCUCGAUAUCAUGAGGGAUAUAUUGCAAAAGGAGAAGAUAAUCACGUUGUCACUGAACGGUUCUAUUCCAGUCAAGGAUCGUCAGAAUAUAGUUGACGAAUUCAACGAUCGACGCAGUUCCAAGCAGAUUUUAUUGUUGUCCCUCACUGCUGGCGGUGUGGGACUCAAUUUAAUUGGUGCCAAUCACUUAAUACUAUUAGAUCUGCAUUGGAACCCCCAGCUCGAGGCUCAGGCCCAGGAUCGUAUUUAUCGAGUUGGACAGCAAAAGGAUGUGAUUAUAUAUAAGAUUGUGUGUGUAGAUACUGUUGAGCAGCGUAUAAAGGCUUUGCAGGAUCGCAAAUUGGAACUUGCCGAUAACGUGUUAACGGGCAAGGUUAGCUCCAAACUUACCAUAGAUGAUUUGAAAGGACUGUUUGGCUUAUAGACCCCUUUAUUACUCAGUAGCUCAUUGUUUGUAUUGUAUAAUUUUAGUUUUUGAAUUUGCACUGUUUUUGCACAACUAACAUGUAAUUUCGAAUCUCAUUCCGUUUUAAUUUAAAGAAAUUUUAUUGUUAUUGUUAGUUAAUAAAUUAAAUAUUUCUCGUGUA